ACUUGAGCUAAAACGGGGUUACACGAUACUAAAAGGUAAUGUAAAAUCCUCGAAAAUAGGUAGUUAUACUUCUGCUUUGCUCUUCAGGUAAGAACAUUUUCUUCCUUCUACUGGUUUUUAAUUGCAUGAACCUAUGACAAGUUUAGAUCGCGUUGUCUGAGUAUUGAUUCAACUUGCUUCUCCCUCUCUUUCGAAACUCAAAGAAGGAAAUAGAGACCUUAAGAUACCCCGAUAUCGGUGUACGGGUACAGGUAGUGUACCCGUACAAGUAAAAUGUUCAUGUGCGUGACUAUUUCCAUUAAGAUACCCGAAGAACAAGCACGCAAAAUUAACUUUGUACAUGCAUGUCGCUUAAUGCAUACAAAAUCUCCCUCAAAUUCUACACUUCAUAUCUUAACAACAAGCUGCAACAAAUAAUUCAUUCAUACAUAAGCUUAUUGAAAUAUCAUAGAAAGAUUUUAAGAAACUUGGCGGGAAGUCCCUCGACCGAAAGCUUGUUAUCGCAAACCCCGCCAUUUGAUCGAGGCACAUCACCAAACAAUUCCUUUGAUUGUCAACUUCAACAGUGACUCCCAUGCUAAAUUUUUCAAUGCUAUUUCUUUUGCAAAACUCAAACGUUUGAGAAAUUCUCAGAAAUUCCCCCAAAUACCGCCACAAAUUGAUAUCGUGCCAGAGUUCAACCUGCGCACGUGAGGUCCAAAAUCAAUACAUUUUGAAGCGCUUUCUUUACAGCUAAAAUUCAAAUUUGGCAAAAAUAUUUGAACAGACUUGCAAUAAAAUUGCCAAGGAGUCAUACGAUUUACAUUUGUACUUAAAAAGUCUUAAAAACUUACUCGUUUCUCCAUCAUGUAGGACUUGCAGCUACUCGUAAAUCUUCUACGGGUAAACUGGUGUCUACCCCGGAAAAACGGCUGGUUCUACCGGGUAAGGUCGAUGACGUCACCACAAAAUGAAAAAAACAUGGCGCUACUCGUUACCCGUACACCGAUUUCAGGGUAUCUUAAGGUCUCUAAUUUUGAUCUUUCACUUUCGUUUUCCUUUAAACGUGUCAGGUGCGCAGGAGAGAGAACGACUGGAAAUCAAAAGUAUUGCUUCUACAGUCUGUAGCUUUCGGUCUCCAGACACACACACACACACCUGUGCAAACUUUUGUCAAACUUGGCCGGUUCUACACGUUGGGGUCAGAUGGUCAGAUCAUGUGACCCUUAUCUUUUUCUACAUACUGCAAGAAAUCGAACCAUCUUGUUGCGAUAGACUGUUUCCAUUUGAAGACAGCCCUUAUGGGUUGUAAUAAAGGACAACGCUGUCACCAAGAUUUUAUAUUUUUGGAUAUGCAUUUAUUAUGCACAUGUCAUCGGCUUGCCCUUGGGAUAGACACCCUGGCCAACCAGGGGAAUAUGCCAGGGAAUACAGGGGGAUAGAUUGGAUUCUCUGCCCCUGUGUAGGGGAAAAUUCACGACAUUGUUUUAAGCUCAAAGGAAAGAAGGUGGGGGAAUUGCAAAUUUUGUAAAAUCGUGCACAGUAACGAUGCACGGGGAUAUCAUGGGGAUUUAUCGCAAAAAGGGAAAGGAGAAGCACUGCGUCUCUUAAGAACUAAACUCAGUUAGAGAAAACUUUGAACAAAGCAAACAAGACCUUGAACAAGGCUUACCUUUUAUGCUGUAGCUAUAAGGCCUGUAACCGGUCAAGGUUUUCAAAACACUAAAUGACCGACAGUCCGGUAUUUUCAAUAAAUUUGACUUAUCUAAGAAUCCCAGUCAAUCAAAACUAUCAUUAUGUUGAUUAAGAAAAGUCCAGCGAUCCUGAAAUGCUCUCAAGUGUAGAGUUUGGUUUACAGACAAGACCUUGAACAAGGCUUACACUUUAUGCUGUAGGUAUAAGGCCUGUAACCGGUCAAGGUUUUCAAAACACUAAGUAACCGGCAGUCUAGUAUGUUCCAAGUUUCAGCCAACGAGGGAAUUAUGGGUUAAUAUUAAAAGUAACCUUGUCGAGUUUUUAUUUGAAAAACUUUUUGAAAUUUGUGCUUGUCUGAUUAAUGCCUGAAAGCAAAACACCUUGAUGUCACAACCAUGGUCACAUACUCUCAUGCAAACAUGCCUUUCAGCUAAUCAGAGCAUGCAUAUUAUCUUAGUUAUUUUAUAAAUAAAUUUUAAUAUAAAUUAUAAAUUAUAUUGGAAGCCUUGUUAAAUACAGGCAUACACGGUAUAGGCUAAGAGGCGAGGGCUUGAAUUUGGAAUUACCUAACUUUAAUCUUAAAUUUAAGAAGAAUUCUUUCACUUAUUCAUUAGCUAAGUUAUGGAACAGUUUGCCUUCUCAAGUGUGUCUUUCAAGUGAUGCUAAUGACUUCAGAAGUAGAUUGCACAACUGCAGCUUCUUAGAACGUGUCUUAUAGUGCACGAUUGUAGCUUUUAACUGUUUUUAGAACAAGUAUUAUAGUUUUCCCAGUCAUGUUUUUAGUAUGUGGCUUUUUAGUCGGUUUUAGCUUUUUAUAUUUUAUGUUUUUAUUACCAAGUUUUUUAUAUUUAUAUAUUUAUUGAGUUGUUUUUAAAAUUGAAUAAUAUUAUAUAGCUGUAAUUAUUAUUAUAGAUUUAUUUAUACACGUUCAUAUUUUGAACAAGUUUUUAGCUCUUUGCCGUAACGCGUUAAAAUAAAUGAUUGAUUGAUUGAUUGAUUGAUUGAUUGAUAUAAUAAUUACUAUAUUCCAGAAAUUUGGCUUACUAAUACCAGCAGUAAGAGUGGCACUGAUGGCAUCUGGAAUUGUCUAUCUUGAAUUGCUUCCUGUUGUCCUUGGUUUCUUUGCUUUGGUUGCCUUUGUCACCUCGUGAGUAGUCCUCUUAUUUAUUAUAACAAUAACAUUUGACAUUAAUGAUAACUCCAUUUAUCAGGAUAUAAACACCAAUGAAAUACCGGGAAAGUUUUUGUGCGCACAAAAUUAAUUCUAGUUUAAAUUCAAGUUUAAAACAGUGAACUCAAGUUCUUUUAUUGUCACAACAGUAGAAAACUUUUUGCAGUUUUGUCAUCACCUGAUGUAAACACUGGCGUUAAGUUGAAAAAAGACUCGAAAGUUAUGAAAACCCUAGUUGUGUUAAAGACUCAAGUCUUUAAUAAUAUAUCUUUUGUGUUGUCUUACAAAAGGUAUGCAAUAGCUGUUCAUGAAAAUGAUGUUAAUGCUCUGUGGCCUUAUAUAAGGUAUGUGAUAAAAAAUUCAUUUUCCAUAAUAUAGGAACUAUAUGCAUGCUAGUGAUAGAUAAUAAUAUAAGUCUGAUCUUAAAAAAAUAUGGUAGGAAGAAAAUGCAAUGGAGCACAUCUUGAUAAAUGUAGUUGUUUUAACCCUUUAAAUCUAUUUAAAAUAUUACAUGGCUGAAUUUGCUAACGGGCAAGAUGGAGCAAAUCCUGUGUUCUGAUAGGCUACCCUUCCCCGCUUAGGAUUUCCCUGCAUUGGUCCUGCAAGAAAAAUUUCUCUUUAUGGCCAUGUAAUAAAUCCGUUAUUGACCAAGCUUGGCCAGUGAUUCCAUAUGGCUGGAAAUCGGCCUCGUUCUUUUUUGCUUUUUACUUGACCUUGACUUCAUCUCAGUCCUUAAAAAACACAAAAAAAGAACUUGGCAGCCAAUAUUCAGCAAUCUUGAACUUGCGCUUGGUCAAUAUAAGCGUAUAUAUAGCUGAUUCAAUAAAGACUGCUUUGGGCAUUGGUAAUUGGGCACUGCAUGGGAAUCUAUUGUUUGGUGGUCACUCUUGAAAGCAAAUUAUUGCAUUGUUCUGUAUGCCCAAAUAUACCCAAUUGCCAAAGUAACCUUUAUUGAAUUCGUUAUAUAUCACCAAUCAUAUUCUCGAUGAGAAAUUUCUUGGAUAUACAUUUAUUGUGAAAAAUGUUAACCCUAUAACAGGGCUGUCAAUAAGGACUGGUAGCCAGCCAAAACUGCUGGUUAGUUAAUUAGCCAUCCUUAGCUGCCUAUUUUCCUCUCCUUUUAGCAUAUACAACGAAUAAAAUUGUAAAGCUUACGUUCCCCAGUUUUGAAUGACAUUGAACGCUUAAAAAGAGGUUUAGAUCUGUGAAAUGUUCGAACCGUGUGAUGUCGUGGAACAUCUGGAACAUUUCGGCGGCAUUGUUCCCAGUUUUGCAUGUAUUCUGACAAAACAACAUGCCGUUCACGGUGGAAAUUAGCUCUUGAAAACCCCUGGAAAUGCCAUUUCCAAGGCUCGACUAAUUUUCAAAAUAUCCCUUAGUGCUAGUUCCAAAGCCGCCUACUAUUCAUUAUCAGCCUGCUACUUAAAAACUUUUUGACAGCCCUGCUAAAAGUCAUAACAUUUUGACCUUUCCAACGUCAUUUUCAAGUGCAAGAGAAAAAUAUAAUUAAAAAUAAGCAUAAAUAUAUGACUAUCAACAUAUACGUUGUGGUUCAAUUUUAUCCUUAGUUUAAAUUUAUUUUCCCUUGUUUUGGGGUAUGGUAAUGUAUGAUAAUGAGUUAAAAACAAAGGAAAAUAAAAUUUAAACCAAGGAUAGAAUUAAACCAGUCGACAACAUACAGUUUUGUAUUUUUUUAUAUUUUUUAUAGUUUUUACUCACAGUUGAAAAUGACCUCGGAGAGGCCAAAUCAUGGUGACUUUUUAGAGUUAAACAUUUAAAUAUCACAAAAUUAUAUUCUCCACAUCAAUAUGAUAAGUUAGUAAGUAAGUAAGUAAGAACUUUAUUAUAGUGUUGAGGUCGCUAUAUCAUACAAUGUACACUAAUUGAGGACACCUAACUACAAUUAAUUACUUGCCUAAUAGUCAGUAAAAUAAUCUAAUCAUCAAUAAAAUAUAAAAUCAGUUAUUAGUUGUUACUUAAAAAAAAACAGUAUUUACAAGUGCUGUCCAGCAGGCUUGCGAAAUUAACCAGUUUAAUACGCUUUUGAAAGUGUCAAAUGAAUUGUUAUCCAUGCACCAUGCCUAUGGUGUUGUUGAAGAGAAUUAUUUUCCUACGACCUCUGUAUUUGAAUGACCAGUAAUGAAACUGGUCACUCUUAGAAGUUAAAGAGUUAAUGUAUUUGAUUCUUCAUUCUUCAGCAAUCUUAUUUUACUGUUGUAAAUAUGGUCAAAUGUUUGGCAAUAAAGAAAAUUCUUGCUUUCCAACCUGUUAAAAUAUUAAUCAUUUGUCCCUCACGAAUGAGGCCAAGCAAGGAGCGAGGUUUAUAAAUUUACCAAAAUUUACCUCCCAGGUGGAUCGUGUGUGGAUUGCUGAGUGAGCAGGGAACGCUGCUUCACUAUUAUUAUUUCCGUUGGUUUUGUUUGGUGUCUGACUUGUUUUGCAACAAAUACUGCUCAUUCCAUUCACCCCUUUGUCUAUCAAAAUAACAAGAAUUAUUGUCUUUAUUUUGCAUUUUUUAAAAUCAGUGAUGCAGGUGCACGUCCACCUCAGAGCUGUAUCUUUGGACAGUUCCUAAAUAUAUCUGCAGUGAUUGGUAUGUAACAUUUCAUGUAUAAUUUGAAUAUUGAAGUUACCAUGUGUUGCACAGCUCUUGAGGUUGCUAAUCAUUAUGAUUUUGUACUUCCAUUUUCAUAAUAAAUUAUUAUUGCUUUAAUGGUAGGAAAGAAAGUGGAAUGCUGUCUUAAUUUAAAUCCUUUUCAAGAUGUACAUGCAAUACAUAAUUUUUGAGUGACCCUGCCAUGAUUAUGUGAAAAGGUAAAAAUGUAGGUGAGCCAAAGGCCCAAACGGCCAGAGUUUAUCCCACUUUCUUUAGCAUGAAGCAUGGCUUGGAGUAUUAUUGCUACUCCCCCCUGGAUGGGAUGCUAGUCCAUCACAGGGUCAAUCCCCCGGGCCAGCAGCAGUUUGCUGGUACCCACACCUGUGUGAAGAGGGACAAAAUUUAGUAAACUUCCUUGUGUAAGGAAUUAACACAAUGGGCGAGACAGGCCAUGAUUAUCUACUGAGUACAACAAGGCAUGUACAUUAUAUUUUACAUUCAUUUUGAGUGUUCUGAUAUUACUAAUGCUAAAAAUGGCUAAAACUUGCAUGAAUUAUUUUCUAGUAGCAAAGCUAGUCUUGACAAGUCACAAAGUUACUUGCAAACAUUUUGGUUUAUCCCUUUACCACCAAAUUAAAACCCACAAAACUUUUGUGCUACAUAGUACAUAGGUUAUGUUACUUAAUUUACUCUAGAUGAACGUAUACAGUAUGUACAAUUCAGUGAAUGUUAUUUUUAAUGUGGCUAAAGACAUGUAUCAUUUAGGCAAAGUUAAACUCGAGCGAGUUGGCCAGCGGUCUUUUCCCACUGUAUGUGAACCUACGGGGCGGUUCUCGGGGAAUUGCAGGGCUCUUUGUGUGCCCUUUUGCUAGUGUUGCUUUGCAUUGUAGCUUUGCUUGCUGAUCGUAGCGGAUCAAUUUUGCCUCCUUGCGAAUCAUUGUGGAUUCUUGCUGAUCAUAGCAGAUCAAUUUUUGCCUUCUUGCAAAUCAUUGUGGAUUCUUGCUGAUCGUAGCGGAUCAAUUUUUGCCUUCUUGCCACUCAUUGUGGAUUCUUUCUGAUCGUAGCGGAUCAAUUUUUGCCUUCUUGCGAAUCAUUGCGGAUUCUUGCUCCCUCUCCUCCCUCCCUGCCUGGUGGUUUUGUAAGUACUUUCUCAGGUAAGUAUUCUCUUAGGUAAGUAUCUUCACUGAAUUUAUUCAGUGUGACGGUGCCGGAGAGUUGCCACGAAUACCUCCUCUCUGCUUAUUGCGUUUGGCCCCCCACUAAUCUUUAAGACACCUGCUCCCAAGCUCAUCAUUAGCGAUGAGUUUAAUCCCCUACAUAUUUACUAUUAAUCUAUUAGUACAUUUAUUAUAUUAUUAUUCUAACUAGAGCUUAGUUCCUGUCAUAUUUUUAUUCUUUAUAACUUUUAAUUUUGGAAAAUGUUAAAUUAUUACUAUUUUUUAUUUAUAAAAUGUGUUGUUUGAUAUUUUGCAGCAUUUAUUGCCAUGUACAUUCAUUACAAGCAUGUCACAGAAUUCAACAUCACUGCCUUGCCGCUGAUACAAAAACUUAACUACUGGUCAUUAUGGAUUGGUGCUCUCACCUGUUUAGGACUCUCAAUAGUUGCAAACUUUCAAGUAAGAUUCAUUUUUGUUGGUUAUUAAUUACAUUUUCAUUAUCAUUGUCAUUAUUAUUAUUAUUAUUAUUAUUAUUAUUAUUUAUAUUAUAUGUUUCUUUGAAGAAAAAGUGCUUCUUCUUCCUGCCCAAGUGUUUGUUAUAUUUUAUGUACUAUUUGAAAAACAAACAGGAGUGCAUUAUCAGGUUUAAGAAGUCAAGGCACCUGAUAAUACACAACUCCAAGUUUUUUGAGUGGCUUCAAAAUCUCUGAUGUAGAUCAACUAAUUUUUGCACUAAUAUUUAUAUUUGGGGUUAAUUUGGUCCAAAAAAUUGGACAUUAAGUUUAGUCAUGUCUUUAUCAGAUAUAAAGACACUCAUUAAACAUUAAGAGGGAAUCCAUCAGGAAAUUGAAUAAUUUUAAUUUUUAGUGGACAUAUACCUUUUACUAGAUUAUUUUAAGCCAUUUUAUAGCAUUCUUUUUAGACUUUUCAAGAGGUAUAAAUGUAACAAGUUGUAUGAAAUAACUUAAAGAAAAGGUUUUUCCUAGAAAAUAAAUUUCAAAUUUUACAGGAAUUGAGAAACACAGUAAGUGAAAAUCAUCAUACGUAAGAUUUCAUUUGAAGCAUUUGAAGUUUAUUUUCUCUUUGGAGUUAUUUCGUAUAACUCAUUACAUUUAUAGCUGGUACAAGGUUCUUGUCCACUGAAAAUUAAAAUUACUCAAUUUUCCAAUAGAUGCCGUCUUAUUUAUUUUUUUCUUUAUGGUUUAUUAUUGAGUUUUUUAAUCCGAUUUAUUAACUUCAAAGAAAUAAGAGAUUUUUUGUUCCUGAGAAAGAGCAGAUUAUAUUAUUUUGUAACCAUAUAUGUAGCUUGCAAAUUUAAUUUCACAAAAUUUGCGAACCAGUAUUUCAUGAGUAUUCAACUUCACAAAUUAUUUUGGCAGAGCCAAAAAAAGCAAAGACAAGCCCAUGUAUAUUUAGAUUUCACCAGUUUUCAGUUCAUCAACCCAUUUGCCCUGUGAAAUUUUGUGGCAAAAACGCUUUUUAAGGCUAUUCAAGCCAUUUUCUGUUCACUGUCUUUCUAUAAAGAGGUAAAAAUUACCAGAAAGCUGUGUAUGGGUCGUAGCUUCUGAUCCAAAUGCAAAAUAUCAGCUUCCGAAGUUCAAGUUUGAACAAAACCCAAAAUUCCAAGGUAGUCUUCGGGUUUUCAAGUUACAUGUACAGCAGUCUAAUAACGUUUAACUUUGGCUUUUUCCUUCCGCCCUUAGAUGUCCAAUAGAUGGUGAGGAGUUAAAUAUUACUGGUAGAUCACCCCCUUAAAAAAUUGGUCAUAAAGUUCUCUUAAGUUAACUGAGUUUUGCACAUAGCUGUUACACAAGAUUUGCCUUUUCUUUAUCUUUAGACUGCAAACAGUCUCUCUUUUUCUUCAGAUUAGUGAGGGAAGUGCAUGCACUCGUAAUUGUCGAGUUCCACCACUCGCGUGGUCAUUUUGGUGUCUCUCGCGUUUCGCUCGAGAGACAGCUCGUAGUCUACCUUUUCUUUUCUUGUUUUCGUUAACUCCUACGUCGCAAAACUUUUCCCAUCGCGAAAAAGGAAGUUCACGUAUUUAGUAUACUUUAUUUCACUGUUUAUCUAAAUUUAGGUGGUUAACUCUUUGCCUGUGCAUAUGAUUGGAGCACUUAUGGUCUUUGGUUUGGGAAUGGUGUACUGCUGGAUUCAGGCCGUCAUCUCUCACAAAAUGCGACGCCAAGCAAUGAGUUCUGCACUCAGCUGUUACACAAGAUUUGCCCUUUCUUUUCUUGUUACUGUAUUUUUCAUCAUAAGUAUCCUUUCAUUCAAUGAAGUUUUAUUGGGUUGAACAGGGAGUCGUCCUUGGUAAUAAGAUAAAAGUACAAGGGGAAAGAUUAAUUUGUGUAAACCAAGAAUUGAAAAGUCAAAAAUCAGAUCACAAACGGAAGCAAAAACUAUUGGUAAAUGCACAAUGUCCAGAACUUAAAAACAGACAACUGAGUUUUAGAAAGAGGCACGUUUAGUUGUUGAGUUGCAUUGGUAAAGUUUUAGUUAAUUUUGAUCACUUUUUUCAUCUUCCCAGUGAUGUUUUAUAUCAUGAAAUUUUUUUGUCGGUCAGUCCCCUUAAAAGUUUUUUUUUUAAAUAAUAAUUAUUAUUAUUUUAAUGAACACCUUUUGAGGAGACUGAUAAACCAGAGUACUUUUUCUUAAGUAAAGUUGAAGUAAGUGAGUCAAUAGAAGGAAAGUUAAAGAACUUGUGUUGUUUUUCUAAAGCUUUUUUUCUGGGAAAUAAUAACCCAAUGUGACAAAAUUUGCCCAACUCCUUGAAGCUGGAUUCAUUAUCCUUGUCAGUUACUGCGCUUUUCAAAAACAUGCGAAUUCUGAAAUUCGAAGACCAACUAACGUUUGCGUUUUUCGCUGCCGUCAAUCAUCUUAGGGGACCUCUUAGCAAACAGAACUUUACUUUAACGCGUUCAAAAGCUCAUGGUUUGUAAUUGGUGUUUAGUGGCUUUUGAUCCGUUUUGUGUGUUUUGUGAUUGUAAUUAUGAUUGACGGCAGCGAAAAACGCAAUUGUGAAGGCGGCUUUUGAACCUUAGAGUUCGCAUGUUUGUGAAACGCGCAGUAAGGCAACACUUCCAGGCUAUAUUCACACUAUACUGGACAGUUUUUUGUGCUGAUGUGAAAAGUUACCCAGUAUGGUAUGAACAAAAGUAGAUUGAGUUUGAUCGUCUGGAUGAACGUAAUCCUGAUUAGGCAGGGGCACCCAACGACAAUUUUCGGGAAAAUAUCUGUUCGGAUUCGGAAGACGAUUUGAGAUCUAGAAUUUUCGGAACAUUUGUUGUAAAAUUUCUUGCUUGCCUGCCUCUUCUAGGAUUUUCGAACAUCUAAAAAAUGGUAAAAUUGCCCAUUUUCAACGGAUUUUUACACUAAAAAGGUCACCUAGAAUUUUCGGGAGCCUUUUUUCUGGCUGAAAUUUUCGAACGGGCAAGUUUUGAUCCCUAUAAUUUUCAGAUCACUACACUUUCAGCUAGGAAAUCCGAACAGAUGAAAAAUUUAUAGGGGAUAAAAAUAUGCCCAUAUCCACCGUUUUAAUACUAAAACACGUUUAACAAUGCUAUGUUUAAGUGGUUUUGAACUAUAUUCUCGUUGGGUGCCCCUGAUUAGGACUGUUGUUGUUGACAGUGACUGACGUUUCGACAACCUGUGCGGUAGUCACCUUCAGAGUCAAAGUGAGUUGUAUCAGUUCAGUUGAUGGUAUUAUACUCUGGUUAUUGAUUUGAUUGUUCAAUUACGUCGUGAUGUUAUUGGUCGUCUGUGAGUUAAGCCGUGAUGUUAUUGGCUAUGAGACUCGUAAUCAGUAAUUGGUGCGUUUUGAUCCGUCUGUUGUGACAGUUAAACAGUCGUCUAUCGUUAGUCAAAUUGUCAGUUCUCCAGUCAUUCUCUCGUAGUUAGUUUUCCUUGAUCUCGUCAAUAAGUCGUUUGUACGGCGCUGGUAACUGUUGGCUACGAUUCAGUGGCGUUUGUUCUAAGUUAGUAAACCAGCUUUCUAAAGUAAGACCUAUCCGGUAUGGGACACUCCACUUUAGAGAUGACUGGGGUGCAACUUUGCUCCGUUACAGAAAUCAGUCUUGUUGUGUGAGAACAGAAGCCCUAUUUGCUAUGGUUUACGUGCCAUAUAGCAAUAGCUAUCCCGCAGUAUAGUGUGAACACUGCCAUAAAGAAGGAGCAUGACUAUGUUAAUUUUGUGAUGUUUUCGAUUUUGUAAAUACCGUAAAAUUCCGAAAAUAAGCCCCGGAACUUAUAUUUUUUUAAAGGCCUUUUUUGAGCGCUUAUUUUUUGAGGCGCUUAUAAGUUCGGAGGGAAAUUUGUGUUUCAAAAUCGGCUAGUCUUAUACUUGGAGGGAAAUUUACGUCUCAAUAGCGAUUAGGCUAUCUUAUAGUUCAGAUAGUUGGAAGGAAAUUUAUGUCAGUAAUUUGAAGGAAGUUUUUACUGAAGCUCGCCUUGAGGACGUACGCAUUUCUAAAACAGCCAUUCAAGUGCUUUGCCUGUAUGGACCUAGUCAAGAGUGAAGAGUGAACCUACGCAAACAGCAAUAAACUGUGACACUUUUUGACUGCAAUCACUUGGCACACGUAAUAGCUCUCUGGCUUCCAAGUACAAAUAUUUUUGUUUACUGUGCCGUUUUUGCUUUGUUUUACUUUGUAUUUGAGGGCAAUUUCCAAGUUCAAGCCCCCGGGGGCUUACAUUUGGAAGGGCGAUUUAAUGGAGGGUUUUUUGCGUUACAAGUUUGGGGGGCUUAUAUUUGGAGGGGCUUAUUUUUGCAAUUUUACGAUAUGUUGGGUGUUAUGUAAUGUGUUGUAAACCUUGACUGUGAAAUAGCUCUUGUAGCUGGAAAUGUAAGUGUUGAAGAAUAUAACAAGAACGCCAUUAACGGUACUAAGCAUACUUAUGAUCGCAGGUGGAAGGAAUCGGAUAAGGUAGGCAUCUCCAGUUUGAUCAUCUAUUUCCCAAAUCCAUCAUCGACCUUUUCAUUUACCGAACUUAAUACCUAUUUAGGUCAACCCAAAUGAUAUUAGUUCUGUGGUAGAUUCAGACGUGCAACCUACUUAGUCAGACUCAAUUCAUUUUCACAAUGUGAAAGGUUCGGCAAAUGAGAAGUUCGAUGUUUGAAAAGACCUUUUUACCGAUACGGCGGCCAUAUUGAAUUAAUUCGAUUUAAGGAGUAUUAUGAGCAUAUUUUGUUUGUAUUUUGAGUGCUUUUCGGGACACUUUUUCUUAAAGUUUUCUUAGAAUAAGAUUGUAAUGAGAGAGAAGAUCCUUGUGCCGUGUUUGGAUGUAAUAAUGAUCGCCUUUUUCUAGUUUAGUAUUAGAAAUAUGGUCUUUCACUGUAUAUUUCUCGGGAAAAAGGCGAUCAUUAUCAUCUUAUUCUAAGAAAACUUUAAGAACAAAUGUCCCGAAAAGCGCUCGAAAAUACAAACGAAAUAUGCUAAUGCCGCCUGGGCAUCCUAUAAUACUCCUUAAAUCGAAUUAAUUCAAUAUGGCCGCAGUAUCGGUAAAAAGGUCUAUUGAAGUUUCUCCACAAUUGAAAUUUCCCUCUGGGCCACUCGAUCUUAAUUCAUGAGUCAACCCAAAUUGGAUAUGUUGGGCUUAAAUGAUUCAAACGUCGAUCUCUUCAUGUACUUAACUGAAGAGAUUAGGUUCGGUACAUGAGAAGUUCGACGUUUGAACUGGGCCCAACUGUCUAGUUAAACUUGUCAAGUUAAAGCAUAAAGUUUAAAAAAUAAUCUGGAGUGCAGCCGUUCCUUUGAAAAGCUGCACUCACAUUUUGAUUACCCAAGCUGUCAUUGCUGGCCGGUCCCAGUUUACGAUUUAGUAAGUUGAAAGGCUCAGUUUAUAUCGAGAAAGUUUUACCUCAAAAGAGGUUCACUCUCACAGCUGUGUCAACUUUAGCGCGCCCUUAUAUGAGAAAAACAUAACAUAACAACUUUAUUUAAGUGUCGAUGUCUUUAGCUUGUAAAAGCCAAUUGGGGACACUAAAAUAAUAGGAAAAAAAAUAUAAAAUGAGUUUAUACAUGGUAUCAUAAGGUGAAUUUAUAAUUCUCUAAAAUCCGUAAAAUUUAUGAAAGGUAAAAAUUUAAAAGUUAAAAGAUUAUGGGGUUAUCCCCACUAAAAUAUAGAGAAAAAUGCUUACCAUAUUUUUAAAAAUUCUCAAGUACUACAAAUAUGACAGAAGCCAUAAUUUUCACUUAUAAGAUCCACAAGGUUAAUACGCCGUAUGCUGGACUUGAAGGAUUGUAAAGUAGGUUUAUGCUUGAUUUUGCUGUCCAAUCUAGACCAUAUAUAUGGUCCAAAGUACCUAAUUGAAUGUUCCCCGUAACGUACACUAUUAAAUUUGGGUAAAUGAAAAUCCAUAUUUCUUAAGUGAUAUUUGGAUGACUUAACACUAAAAAUGUCAACGACAUUACUAGGCACCAAACCAUAUUUAACUUUAUACAUUAAGGUAGCAAGAUCUUGUAAACGCCGAUUUUGUAGGCUAGGUAGAUUGGCCCGCUCUUGUACUCUUUCAACUUUUCUGGCGUCGGAGGCUUUACAGAAAUGCCACAUAAGAUGGCAAUAUGUUAAAUAUGGCAAUAUCGAGGAUUUACAUAAAAGCAAUUUUGCUUCCGUAGGGAUCAGAUUUCUUAAUCUUCAGAGGAAGCCCACUCUCUGGCUAGCUUUUUUAUUCACAGUUCACUAAUGUGUUUGCUAAAUACAAGGUGUUCGUCGAUGUUAACUCCGAAAAGGCUAAUGUCCGCAGUACUUUCAAUGACAUGCGCAUUGAUUGUUAAUGAAGCUUGACCCUUAUCAUUCUGUGAGUUGAUCGUCAGCAACUGGAAUAAAAAGUGGACCCCUGGCCUUAGCUCGAACCAAGAGUGCUCACACGUGCUCUGAUUGUCUCGCAAGCCAAGGUUUUCAUAUGCAGAAAAGUUGGAAGGGUAGGAGGAUGACCCUGUUUCUCAUGUCAACGAUUUCCCAAGUUUUAUGAGCUCCUGGUUUUAUAAGGAAAUUAAUGGGGGAAAAUUUGGCUUGCCCAGUGUAGCUCGAGUAGACAAGUGACCCCUCUUACCAGGACAAGAAAGUGCCGACCUACCCCUCCCCCAAGCCAACAUUAAUACUUUCUUCUCACUUAGGGCAAAAUGUUGGCUUAGGGAAGGGGCUGGUAGACAGUUUCCCAGAAACGUAUAAUGUUCCGACAAGUUUCUACUUAUAAACAGGACCUAAGACAACCUGUUAACUAGGCUGGGUAGCAGGCUUUUGCGCACACGUUGCUUGACAUGUUUGAAAACGAGUUCUUUAGAACUCCUAAGUGCUUUGUGGGAAACAAAUAAUAUUACAAUUUACAUUUUUUUUUUACUCUGAACAAAGAAUUUUGUUAUCUAUUUUUUCUCUUUAUUCAUCAUUGUUGUGGGUCCUACAUACUCACAACUCUUCCAGACAGCUUUGCUUUUGUAUGUUUUAUACAAAGCUUUUGUUGCUAACCUAUUUCACUCCACACUUUGUAAAGCUAUAGGGCAUAUCAAACUUAUUACACUUUCUUAUCCAUAGGGAUACCAAGCCCAUCUUGCCAGUACGUUCAGUGAGUGGCUCAUGAGCAUUUGCUUCCUGCUUUAUUUUUUGACUUUCUUCAGGGAGUUUCGAAAGAUCAUUGUGCAUAUUCAAGUGCGUCCAAAGAACGCAGAAAUCUUUUCCUCAGGGGAGCACGAUGAAGCCAGAAUAGUAGUUUAGAAACCGUCUUUGUCUAUGUGUAAAUUUCUGUACAGUUCCUAGAUUUUUCAGGCCAGGGCUACACGCAUGCUGAACCUAAUCUGAUUAAGUUUAAGUUUGGAGUGUUUGGUUACUUAGGUUGCUUGAAACCGUCAGCUAGUUAACCUGAUUUAUGCGAAGAGUUUAAGAAGACCCUCUUGACAAGGGUCCCUACAAAUUUUUGAACCGACGAUUUUUUUACUUGGACAACCCGUGUACACGGAACCGUGCAAAUCGAGUUCAAAAAAGAUCAAGAAAAUUUUCGUUUUGUGUUCACGUCCCAUAUAAAACCUGAAAAUAGGAAAAUUCACUGCAUAGUUGUGCAACAACGGCAAAGAAAUGUUUAAAAAAACCGUAAUGCACCUACAAAAUUGUUGUGUUGCUUAUUUAAACUUGUGGUUUUUUGCCGUUCUCUUUUCCCUCGCCGUCUUCAUUGCGUAAGCACAGGUACCCCAAGCUGACGAGUGACAAUCGUUGUAUUAUAAAGGUUUGUAUGGGGAUUUAAGCGAUCGUUAUUCAGGGGUCAAAAAUACUAAUAAAGAUACAUCAGAAUUUCUGACCUUGUCUCCUUGUCUAAAUUCGUGGCUUUUUCUUAGCAUUUUUGGCCAUUUCAGGGCGAUUCCAGCGAGUUUUAGUUCUGCCAAGGCCGAAUCUCCAUAGAAACUCUUACAAUAUUUCUGGUACACUCACUCGUGUGCUUGGGGUACCUGUGGCGUAAGCUGCCUAAUGUUACAUUAACACUUACUUUGCUGAUCUUAGUUAUUUUUGUGCCAUAACAAACUAAGACUGUUCUAUCAAACCGAUUUAAAACGCCACUUUCCUGCAGUGAAUGUACCAACCGCAAAUUAAUCGGCUAGGUUUGGCUCAUGCGUGGUAGUGCAACCAGGCCUGCAUUCUGUUAUGUUAUUUCCAAAAUAGAGACCUUUAGAUUCAAGGACGAGAACGACUACGAGUACGAGAUUUAACUUAAACUUUUUUCGCGUAUUCUCAAAAAAUAGACAUCCCGGAAAGCUUCAUUGUACUUUCUUUCAUUAGAAAAAAUAACAAGAACUUGCACGGAUCCGCGGGAAACGCCGGAAAACCUCAAUCUUAAGGUCUCUAAUAUACGGAAACAAACGAACGGGAGACUGAUGACCCUAAACGCGUAAACUAGUAAACAAUCAUUAUGGCCUUUACGAAGCCAGGCGCAAAGAAUAUCCACCAUGAAUUCGAUGUUAUUUCAGUAACUUAGAAAUUUUCAAUGGCUUGGAAAUUCCAGUUAAAUGCUUAGCAAUGAUUAAAUUCUCAAAGAAUUGAUUUUUUUAAAAGAAUUAUUGAGUAAUUUUUGAUCUGCGGCUUAUAAACCAAAGAUGACACCUUUUUUCGCUUACAUGAGCAAAUGUACAUCUAUCUUAUGAGUAAGAAUAGCAAAAUGUGUGAUCGCAAAGAGCGAUUGCUUGCCAAUUUUCACUAUUGAAAGAACUGAAGCGCAUAUUAAGCCAGGUAUAUACGUGUGGAUUGUACCGGCAUGAUUCAAAAACAAAAAGUGAAAAAGACACAUUUGGGGAUGCAAAAUUUUAGGAACAUUUUAUUUCAAAAACGCUCUCGUAGAUUUUUUCAAAUCUUGCCAAGGUAAAGGCAACGGCCUAACUAUCAUUACACUAGAGGAUUUUAACAGAUUAUUGCUAGAUUUCGAGACUGAAUUCCCAUGCCAUCGUUAUUCUGUUUCUAAGGAAGCGGCGAUGUCAACGAAACAUGCUCUAAAAUUAAGUUCGAUGUUGGAUAAAUAUGUGGUUAUUAGUUUUUUAUAUCCAGACCUCGUUUGGUCUCUAUGAUUUGUUACUGUUAUUUAUGUUUAUGAGUUUUUGAAAUAUUGCCUCAAAAACAAGUACAAAAUUUUGAAUUUUGAAUUAGACAAAAAGGA